AUGCUUCAGAAUAAAUAUUAUAACACAUUAAUCGAUGUACAAGAAAUACCGAAGCGUCUUAAAGCUUUUCAGAAUGAUGUAAGUCAAUGCAAACCUUUUAUCAUGGGAAAUUAUAUGAUUUCCGAAUUCCUUAAUUUUACUAAGAAAAAUCAAAUAGAAAUUAUGAAAAUCAAUGAAAUCGCGUUUAUUUCCGUGGUAUAA